AUCUCUAGAUAAAAGAUAAUGAGCAAGAAAAUCGAUCACGAUGAGGAUGAUCGAGAUUCGUCGGAAUACGAGGAAAUGGAUGAUGAUGGGGAAGAAGCUGAGAUUGAUAUGGAGCAACACGAGAUGAUUUAUGAAAAGGAUAUUGAGCCGGUCGAGCAGUUUCAGCAGGAAUAUAUUAGUGAUCAGGAGCCAACUUCGAGCAAUCAUGAAGAAAUUCCUGUUAGCAUGAAAAUUGACUACGAAGAAGUCUAUCCACACAACGCCGUUCAAGUAGACAAUGCUCACGAAAUGGUUGAAGCUGAAAAAGUUUAUUACGAGAAUGAAAUGGAAGAUCUCGUUUAUCAUGAGAUUUACAGAAUUGAAGGCAAUCAGAAACAGGAAAAUUAUAAGAGAAUCCGAAAUAUAGUUGGAUCAAGCGCCUCCUGUCUCGUCUGCCAACGUUCCGAAUCCGAAAAAAUCCGUCUUUUCAAGUGGCCAAAAUCAGAAGAACUCAAAGAGCAAUGGUUACAUUUCUUUCGGCUUCCAGCUACAGUACUUCAGAGUGCAACACAAGAACCAUAUAUCUGUUGUUAUCACUUCUCAGCCGACACUUUUGUCAUGAUCGAUGAUCGAAUCUUCUGGAAAAUGACCGCACUUCCAAAAUAUCGACAACGUCGUCCGGGGCUCGCCGAGCCAUUUCCAUGGGAGCCCGCUGUAAAGCAUAAAAUGGAAAUGAUGCAAUCAACCGAUACAACCAACAAUUCUUCAGUCGUCGAGUACAAAAUUCGCUAUCGAAUGCCUUUUAAUAAGCAUAAAACACGAAAUGUUCAUCAAGUUGCAGUAAUGACUCCAGUUGCUCAACCACAUUUAUAUUAUGAAUUUCAUUUUAAUCGAUAUGGUUUGAAUAAUACGAAAUUCUACGCGUGUUUGAGUUGUCGAAAAGCAAAAACUGAAAGUGGAAUUCGUGACGUCAUUCGGACAAUUCAUCUCGAUGGAUAUAAAUUUUUGAGCAAUGGAGAUCCAUUUAAUGGACAUCAUUUUGCAUGUAGACCUCAUAAUGUCUACGAUUACAAAUCAUCUUGGCGUCCAGUUCCCGGUCAAAAUGGAGAAGCCAAUUUUCUCGAUGAGGUUGUCUACGUUGAUGAGGGUGGAAAUUCCCUGGAAUGGCAUGCCGUGACCCGUCCCGGAGACAAUCGAGAAGUUGAAGCGGUGCAUGAGAAAGAGGAUCCGCCGAUUAUGAUGUAUGAUGGUAAUUUCGAAGAUCCCAUCACCGAGGAAGUGAUCGAAACGAAUUAUGUCUUGGAUGAACCACCUGUACUAUAUUCCCAAGAUCCGGAUCGCAAGCCUAAGCCAUCGAAAAAGUCCAGAAUAAAGUGCCAUCUAUGCUUGAAGACCAGCUUUUCGUCAACACAAAGUCUGGUUGAUCAUCUUCAAAAGCACAUUCUCGAUGAGAAAGAAUGCAAGCGUUGCCAGAAGCGGAUCUCGUGUGAUUCAAGAGCAAUAUGCAUUCGGAGAGGUGUUUGCGGGAGUUGUUUUGUUGUUUAGAUUUUCCUUGUUUGCAUUUUUUCAAAUCAAUAAAUUGUUGUUCGUUCGAAAAAU